AUUGGUUUCACACAUUUAGACGGCGCAUGUACGUAUUGAGGAUCAACUAAAGGCUCAUUCGUCAUGUUUUCAAGAUGCCUGCGCAAAAAGAUGAACAUAAGCAAUUGACUAAGACAGACCGUAGUAUGUCUACACUUGGGACCAGCCAGCUUCGGAUUGCGUGCGUUUUCAGCGCUACGACCCACGCCACCAAAGCUGCCGAAGACGCUCUGAACAACGCCUGCCGACUGGUCAACAAUGUCACCCUCAUCAAGGUCAACUUUGAGAGGCUGGACUUUGGCGAGACCAAGGUUCUUGAUCGGUUUUACGCCGCUGACAUGGUGGUCGUGGACGUCUCGGUUGUCGUGCAGCAACGGACGCUUUUCUACCACAUGGGUGUCCGAGAGAGCUUCGGGAAAGAAAAGAAUGUGGUUCUGUACAAUGAUUCAGUAGAUCCUGAAGGAACUUCUUCUCUCAUGCAAUCCUGCCAUGGGUCAGGGUACAUGUUCAUCCCUUACAAACUGGACUCCAAGAAUGAAUGUUACGUGUGUGACAUGGCGUGUGUCUUCAAGGUGGGACAAAAUCCCGAUGAAGAUCCGACCCUCUGCCCCCUCCUCACCGAUCGUCUUCGGGAAGCCAUCGAGGAGGUUCACAUUAGCAAUAGGAGUAAUGCCAGAGAAGUCUUGUUGAAUGACAUUCGCAAAGCAAGGAUGAAACUGAAGGGAGACAUGCUAGCUAAGGAACUUGGUAAUCUGAAAGCCAGGAUGGAUGAGCAGCUGUUAUUGAGUGGAGAUAUCGUUCAUCAAUUUCUACUCUCCUACAGAGAAAUACAGGAUUAUAAUUCCAUGGUGUCUCUAGUUGAAGCGAUUAAGCAGCUGAAGAAUGAUCACGUGACUGACAAGCCCGCCAUUGUACAUCUCUAUGCAUUUGCCCUGAACAGACGGAAAAAGUCCGGUGACAGAGAAAAGGCAGUUGCUGUCAUAGAAAAGGCCUUAAAGAGUGAAGAGAAUCAGGUACCUGAUAUGUUCUGCCUCUGUGGUCGGAUCUACAAAGACAUCUACACAGAAUCCAAUUACAUUGAUACAGAGAGCAGAGAUCAUGCUAUACAUUGGUACAGAAAGGGUUUUGAGGUGCAGCCUAAUGAGUAUGCAGGCAUCAAUCUUGCAACGCUUCUUGUGCUGUCUGGAAAAGAGUUCACAAAAUGCCCAGAGCUUCAGAAAAUAGGUAUGACACUGAACAACCUACUGGGUAAGAAGGGCAGUCUGGUAUCACUGGAAGACUAUUGGGAUGUAGCAACCUUCUUUGAGAUCAGCGUUCUGGCUGGUGACUUCUCCAAGGCUUCCCAAGCAGCAGAAUGCAUGUUCAAACUCAAACCACCCAUCUGGUACCUGAAGUCUACACUAGGUAUCAUCCAGAUGAUAUGUCGGGUAAGACCUACGUCUGAUGAAGAACCAACCAUUGAUCAACAACUCUUCAACUUCUGGCUAGACUUCUUUGUAGAAGCUACCAAAGAGUCGACAACGGAACUCCGCUUUCCUGUCCUGGUCUUAGAACCAAGUAAGAUCUACAAGCCUAGUUAUAUUACUAUUAGUGAAGGGGAUGAGACACAGGAGAAUUCCAUUCGACUCUGGCAUGUCGGCAUGGAGAAGAAUUGCAGGGAGAUCAGUGAGUGGCUGUUUAAUUUAUCUUCUAUAAAAGGUGUCAGUACUUACAAGAGAGAUGAUCGCUGUCUGUUCCUGUACGUCCAGCAAAAUGCAGAUGAUUUUCAACUCUUCUAUCCAUCCUCCAGUCAAAGACAAAGGUUUCAUAAUCUGAUCAUGGAUAUGCUAGGUAGCAGUGCAGUCAUUGGAGGUGAGGUGGAUUCUGACCUGAAUGAUGAACCUAUACAGGUUGAGUAUGAAUUGACCGAUUCUAAGGAAAGGGUGAUCUUGGGCCGGGGGACGUUUGGUGUGGUGUACGCGGCCAGAGAUUGCAGGACACAGGUGACCAUAGCGGUCAAGGAGAUUCCCAUAACUGAUGUUAGAGAAGUGCAGCCCUUACAUGAGGAGAUCUUACUACACUCAAGGCUAAGUCAUAAAAACAUUGUCAAGUAUCUCGGCUCAGAUACAAGUACAGAAGGGAACACAUUUAAGAUAUACAUGGAGCAAGUCCCUGGCGGGAGCCUGUCUGCAUUGCUGAGAUCUAAGUGGGGUCCUCUGAAAGAUCAUGAAGACACUAUAGUUUACUAUACAAAGCAGAUUCUGGAAGGUCUCAGAUAUUUGCAUGAUCAAAAGAUUGUCCACAGGGACAUCAAAGGUGACAAUGUACUGGUCAACACGUACAGCGGAGUGGUCAAGAUCUCAGACUUUGGAACGUCCAAGAGAUUGGCCGGGUUGAAUCCUGCCGCAAGUUCAUUCAAAGGAACCCUUCAGUAUAUGGCCCCGGAAGUGAUAGACAAAGGUCUUAGAGGUCAUGGUGCUCCAGCGGACAUCUGGUCACUGGGUUGUACUAUCGUUGAGAUGGCUACUGGAAAACCCCCUUUUAUUGAGCUUGGUUCACCUCAAGCAGCCAUGUUCAAAGUUGGUUUCUACAAGGAUCAUCCCGAAAUUCCAUCAAGCCUGUCAAACGCAGCCAAGGAAUUUAUCCUCAGGUGUUUUGAGCCUGACCCAGAGAAGAGAGCUACAGCCCAUGAUCUCCUCCAGGAUCCGUUCCUCAUCAAGGGAAAAAAAAUGAGCAAGAAGGGAGCUUCAGGAGCCGAUUACAGGACCGACAGAAGCAUAUCAAUGCCAAUGGUCAGUCCCAGUAGCCGUCCAGAGUCUCCCUUGACCAUAGCGUCGACCCUCUCCAAUUUCAGUGAAGCUGAUGCAGUCUCAAGUCUCCGGCUUGACAAGCGAAGAUCACUUGAGCUAUUAUCACCUGGAGUGUAUUCCUGGCAUAAUUCAUCUUUACUAAGCAGUAGUGAGGAUGGUCUUGAGACUCCUGUAACCCCUGACAAUCGGGAGCAAGGUGGGUUCUACAUGCUUAGGAAGGACAGCGAAAGACGUCAGACGUUACUCACCAUCAUCGAAGGUGAUGGCGAUAAGAUUGUCAAUGAAUGGAUGAAGAAAUUGCAGCUGACUUCUGAGAGACCACCAACCAAAAUUACAACUGCUCACCUGAUGACAUUGAAUCAUGGGAUAGCAGUGUUUAUCAAGCAGAGAGAACGAAGGAAGCUGGUCGAUGCUCUUGAGAAACUGCGGAAUGAUUUAGACUAUGACCCUACAGCUCUUGGUGAAAUUCAUACUGCACUCUAUGUAUUUCAGGAUUCGGUAAAUCAAGUGUUACGUCAACACAUGCACAACAUAAAACCCCACUGGAUGUUUGCAUUGGAUAACCUAAUAAGAGAUGCUGUACAGGUCACUAUUACCAUCCUCAGCCCAGAUCUUGGAGAGAACAUAGCCCCCAGCAAGGAGGAUGAUAUGCCCCCUGCCCACUCCCACGGCAUGGACACCCGUCCCCCUGGCACGUCCAGCGGGGACAGCAGGGGCAUCUACGGAACCGCCCACCACUUCCUCCCCCUCCCCAAGGGGGCAGAGGAAGAGGCGGGGAACACAUCGGGGGUGUCGACCUUUGACAGCUCCACCAGGUCAAAUGAGUGCUUCAUACCCAAUCGGAACCUGAUGGCUAGCUUGCAGAUGGACCAUCAAAGGCUUGUCCAGGAGCAGGGCAGAUUACUUCAAGAGUUGGUAGACGUCCAGAAAUCUUUAAAUGAUGUCCUCCAAACCCAGCUAUGUGUCAGCAGAUCAGUCAUGGAAAGAAUAGGGUUUCAGCCUCUUGGUGCCAGUGACUCCGUCAACUCAAAUACCCAAGAUAGUAGAGGAGCAUUUGGUAGUGAACAGGAGGAGUUAGUAUCAUGGUUACAGUCAAUAGCACUUGAUGAAGAUAGUAUUAGAAGGUUUAUUGAAGAGGACUUUACCUUGCCAUUGGUUCUCAAUUCAAUGACUAGAGAUGACCUGAGGUCUCUGAAAAUUAGGGUCGGAGCUCAGGUGCGGAUAUGGGAUGCCGUCCAACAACACAGAAUGAACGAGCAGAAGAGAUGAAAUCAACCCCUUUAGACAACACCUCUCCUUUUCCCUAUUUCUUCCUAAAAUUGUCUUUUCUGCUUUUGAGAAGAUCAUCUUGUAUGUAAAAAAAAUUAUAUUUGGUGCAAUUUAGACUUUUUGUCAAGUGAAAGGUUUGCUUUGACGCUAUUUCCGUGCGUAGAGUUGUGAAUGUAGAAUGUAGAUAUUCAAAGAUUUUGAAAUGUUUGGUAAAAUAACAUUACUUAACAUCUGUGGCUUCAUUACAUGAAGGAUUACUCACUGACUUUCUCUAUCCUGUUGUGUUGUCUAUACUGGUGCCUGUAACACAACACUUAGCAAUGAUCGUACAAAAUUUUUCUACAAUUGAUUCCAUUGGCUUCAAUGUACAAUCAAUCGUGACUUUUAAGCGUACAAUCAAUCGCAAUCCUUUGUGUUACGUGACCCAGAUCGGGAUAUUGGAAAGAAAAAGAUGCUGAGUAGGAAUCCGGCCAAUAGCCUUGACUAGUCUUUUCUCAAACUUUUGUCAGAGUAGCCCCGUAGCCAGGGUUUUCAAUUAGGGGGUUCGAUCCCUUCUUUUCGUUUGCUGAAUAUUUCUAGAAGCAAACAAAAAGAUUGAAUUUUGUCCCAGAAAAACUGUUUUCUUCCUUAUUUUGUCUUGCUUUUGAAAAUAUGGGAGUUUCAAUCGAUCAAGCCCUCCCCCCCCCUCGCUACAGGCUUGUAGCAUACCUGGUGGGUGUUUCAUAAAGCUGUUCGUAAGUCAAGAGCGACUUUAAGAACGACUGGUGAUCCUUUUUUGGGUAUCAACCGAAAAGUUCACUGGCGAUGGUUAAGCGUGUAAGAAAGGAUCACCAGUCGUUCUUAAAGUCACUCUUAACUUACGAACAGCUUUAUGAAACACCCACCUGUUCCGGUAUCACCAAGCAUAGUGAUUGAUCCUAAAGUCAAUAUGUGUGACAGAUUUCUCAUAACGAUCAAUGUGAUCCAUCAUAGAAAUCAGCUAUAGAUCAAACACUACGCUUUUUGAUACAGGGUCCUGAUGUGAUUAAAAACCCGUCAAAAGUUUGUGAUCUGAAGACGAGUUGCAGUGAUGCUCAAAAGUUAGUGAACCCCAACCAGAAAAUGAACGUAUUCAAAGUGUUCUAAGUUCUGCCAUGUUUUAGAUACUUCAUUGUGAAGUCAGGUGAUAAAUAUUACAUUCAAUAAAGUUUAUUUCUGUGGGCUCGCUGGACAUUGUAGUGCCGUUGUCUAUAUUCAACACUCAACAUGAAGGAGUGCAUUUUGUGAAGGGGUUUAUUAACUGUUGAGCACAUUACUGUAUAUGUUGCAUUUUAGUUGACAUA